AUGAAUAUCAAUUUCAAACAACAGCCUGAGCCUGAGUUCAACUACCAUGUAACAACACAGAGAAGUCCGACUGAUUCUUCUUUUAGAAGAGCAAGUGGAACUUAUUUUCUCUCCAGACAUAUCCCACAUCCCAGGACAGUCUGCCAUAUUCAAGGGUUAAAUAAUGCACCUGUAUGUGUUGUGAGAGAUGCAGGAAGUUUUUCAAGACCAUACCAGGCUGUCGGCAAAAUCCUAAUCCCACAGCGAGAAUAUGAUCAGCAACAUGGGCUAACUGGGCAAGGCAUAGGCACGCCAUCUCCUAGCAGCACUACACUAAGCCUCCAAGCUUAUCCACACAUUGGGAAAGGUCCAGUGCGACCAGGCUCACAGCCUGGAAGAGAAGAAAUGGCUGAGUUCUCUAGAAGGUCAAGAGACUCCCUUGCUUUACUGAGAAAGGAAGAUCCUUUGAAAAAACAACCAGCUCGUCCUCUGACUGCAGUUGGCCAUGAGAUCCAUGCUUCUUCUCUUACCUGUCCCUCUUCUCCAGCCCGUUUUAUGCACUACAAGCCAGAAGUCAGAGAGAAUAUAAACUAUGUUCCAAACUAUCUGGAUCAGGAAAUAAAAGUCUUGGAAAAACUCCGUGACAUUCUACAGACAGAUUCCCUUGCAGAAAUCCAAGAGUGGCUGGCAAGGGCAAGUACAAGAGAGAAAGAGUUUGUAUCAAAUUUGAUUCGCUCAGAAAUGACUAGCAGGGACUUGCUGAAUUAUCGGCAAAAUACGCCAAAAGGAAGGGCAGUGGAGAACUUGAAUGUGCAUGAUACCAUGAAGCUUUCCCACGCCCCUGGGACAGAACCAAGGGAAGAAGUGAACAAGUUCAGGCCUUCAAGUAAAGCAUCAGAAGCAAGUAAAGGAAUGGAACAAGAAAGAGAGAGAAAUGGUCAUUUGUCCACAAGAGGGAAGAGACUUACAAUCCCAAUUUCUGAAAACGUACACAGAGGAAGGAGCCAAAGUCCUUCCUUAGCACUCCGACAGAAGCCCCAUCUCCGCUACAGCAAGUUACCCACUGAUCAGAGACAUCUUACUGCCAGAGAAUAACUUCCUCUUUAAAGCUUCUGAAACAGCACAACUGUUUCCUUCAAGUGUAUGUACUAUUACUAUAAUGUACAAUAUGUACUAUUAGCAGCAAUAAUUACAAACAUACCUAACACUGGCUUCCCCUUUAAAAACAAAAACUUGUGUUAAUUUCAUUUAGUCCGUUAAGUGUUUCAUCAAAAACCACUGAAGAGUACACACAGAAUGAUUUCUCCAGAAACUUUUGGAUAUUUCAUUCAAAAUGCCUAUACAAGUAAGGUUAAGAGAACUGUAAAUAAAAGAUGUUUUAUCUACCCUGCAAGACUCUUAACACAGGCAUUUCAUAUUUAAGGAAACCUAAAUUUGCUAUUAACUUGGAAUAUCAAGUGAAGAGAAUAUCCACUGCUGUUAUGCUUUCUAGCCUCUCUGAAAUGAUGCACUGUACAGCAAUUGGGCAGUACUGUAUUACACCUUGAUUACAACUUCAGCUAUGGGUGGAGUUGUAACCACAGAACUAAUCUUUUUCUCUGCAUUCUAGAGUAUAGCAUAUGACACCAUAAGAGAGGGUCGCAACUUGAUCAAAAUACCUCAGGCAACAAAUUUAAAAGCUUGGCAGUUGACUUGCCCCCUAACAAGUAUGUGCAUAUAUACACAUAUUUGUGCACAGGAGUCAGGCCCACAAAUGGAUACAUUGUGUGUGGAUACGCCAACUGCUCAUGUAUUUAUAGAGAUACAUGGGCACAUGUAUGUUUUGCAAGGUUCAAGUCACGCACCAGUUUUUAAAAAGCUGACCCUAAGUUUUCAAUCCUAGCUUACUAGAAAAAGCAUGACUACAGGCAGAAUGACAUGCUUUCUGCAAAAAAAAAAGUAAGUAAUUAUCUAGAUCAAUUCCUCUCAUAAUAGCUGAGAAGUGUCAUGUAUUUGACACUGGGGGGUGGGGGGGUGGAAGGGAAAUGAGGGGAAAGAAAGGGAGGACAAAGUCCCAGCUAAAUAAACCCAAGAUCACAGAAAUGGUGGCAAGUGCAGCCUACUUAAAACUGGAACCCUUUAUUGGAACCCUACCUUAACCCACCCUUUUGGGCAUGUUUGGAUAAGAGAAGUCACACCUCUGUUUUCGGUUCGCUAAAAGAUCUAGGCAGAGGUUCUCAACCUUUGUCUGCGGCUCCCUGGUUAACAAAACAACAGAAUGGUUACAGGAUGCUAUCACUCCUUGUUUGCGCCUAAGUCACAUUGAAAAGAAACAAUUUGAAAUAUUUUAAAUUAUACUAAUUUUCCAUGUAAGCAAUUGCUAUUGUUUCUCCAAGAGUAAAUGACAACAGGGGAAGUUAAGGAUGCAAGGAAAACAAUUGAAAUCUCUUGGUUGAGUUGAUAUUUUAUUUCAUUACUUACCUUUGUUCUUUAAAGUAAAUAAUACAAAGUCAGUUUGAAGAACAGUAGAACAAGCCCAAUCUAACAGACAGGGCCACCCAGAGGAUUCAGGGGGCCUGGGACAAAAUGGUGGAGCUGCGGCCCUGCUAAUAGAGUAUGAGAGAGUCAUUACUAAACAAUUGAUGGCAACAAUGCUAAAGUGUCCUUUCAAUAGCAUGCUUAACUUUCCUCUGAAGCUGCUUGUGGUCCUGGCAGGUUAUUGAGCAAAUAUAUUAGAGUGAAACAUGUAUUGGUUUACAAAGAACACAACAUCAACAACAUUUUCUAAUGUUUUUUCCAAUACCAUCUGCACUUAUUUGCGUAAGUACACAAAGCUAGUCUCCCCCCCCCCCAGUCUCUCUCAUUGAAGAUAAGUUGCAAGAUAUGUACACUCACAAUGUGGCUUAAGUGCUUCAAUAAAUAUAUUUAACAGGUCAAACAGUCCUUUAAUGUAUUAGUGACAACCCAUUGUACUUAAUCAAAUUCAUGACUGAUCCUAAUAAAAAUGCUUCAUGAUGAAAUUUUCUUAAGCUAAAGAAAGUGUGCAUGUCCUCUUUUCACUCCAUGCCCUUGAGCACCUGCUCUUUUAGUUACUUGGCUUCCCUUCAAGAAGACAGUACGUAGCAAUGAUGGACACUCCCAUAAGACUAUUCUUGUGAGGCAGUCACAUUUCAUCCUACUAUAAUAAAAUGAGAUGGCCUAUCUUCAAACUAUCACUGUCCCUGACACUAACAGCUGAGUCUGCAGGAUCCUAUCUGGUUGAAAAGGCUCAAUUUUAAAAUUUGAUUAAAGCUAAAGAAAUUAUGUAAUACAUAGGCUAAGAAAAGAGUGUCUGUACAUCUAGGUAUAGUGCUUAGAUUAUCCACAAAACAAAGUUUGUUUUAAAAAGUCAUAUGAUACAUGGAGUACAUAAUCAGCAAUAACCCAGCUUUAGGUAAAAGAAUUCAACAAUAUAGUUACUAGAAUCCAAAUACUCAGCUACAUCACUCAUGAAAAGUUGUACAGAGAUUUGGCUGCGGAAAGCAAAAUAUAUCAGUGAGUGGAGAUUGUCCCUCAGUAAUUGAGAAUUUUGCUACACUAGUUUAAAACAGUCCACCUCAAGCAUUUUUAAACACUUCAUGAAGUGCUCAGUUGCACUCCAAUACUCCUUAGAGUAUUUAUACUCCAUUGCUCUUGGAAGCUAUUCCCAUGGUAUUGGAGACUGGGCUGAUUUAGUAAGUGUACAAUCUUUGCGAUGCACAAUAAACAAAUAGCGAUGAGUUAUAUACCCUUUACAGUCCUUACUAAAGGACAAGUUUUCAAGAGCUUCACUCUUCGUAAAAGUGAGCACAGAGCUCUGCUGGCUGGGUAGAAGUUCAAAGUAAUUUCAAUAAGCAGUUAAGAGGGAAGCAGAUAAAAGAACAACAAAUAUGUAGGAAUAAUGUUGAAUACUAUUAAGUUGACUAUAAACAGUGAAUUAAAGUUAAACUUGAUGUCAAAAUGAAUGUGGGAGAUAUAGUGUCCUGUGAUAAACACCACCUAAAUAUCUGGAGAAGAAGGGGGGAAAAAGACUGAUUACCUUUUGUCAUCACUCUGGAUGUUGCCUCAGAGCAGCAUCAGGAUUGCACAGCUCAAUUCAUGUUGCUUAUGGUUUAUCAACAACAAUAUACUCACCCUUAGAAAAGAAAUAAAACUAAGAUGUCCCUGCCACAAAGUGCAUGUCCUUUAAAACACUGACAAAGGAGAAGACGAUGCAUUAGGAGAAAGAGAAAUGAAUCGAGUUAAACUGAUCUGGCUCACAUAUGGACCGUGGUGCCUUACAGUUGCCAACUGAGCUGAAAAAUGAUGUUGCUUGUCUUAAACAGUGCAAAUUUGAAGUUAGUAGAAAGUUUUAAGUGAGUCACAUCUCCUCUCCAAAAUGAAUCACUUUGCCCAUGACAGAAGUCCUGAAUGUUUCAUUUUGUGUUGCUCUAUUUCAUUGAUCAAGAGUCUCCUACUUGCAAAUGACUGAUUUUCAUAUUAUGCAACUCUUUAUUUUAAAAAUGGUGAUAAGCACUCUAUAACUACUUUCAAAUCAUUAUAUUUGACACAGUAAGACAUGGUGAUAUGUUAGUGCAAAUGAAAAAAAAAAAAAAGAGAAACCAAAAACUUGAGGCAGAAGCCAAAUGAGAGAGGCAGUGGC